CAACGUCAACCGCAAACAAAAUAAACAAUCAUUCGCAUCCAUAUCCGCAUACAUACAAACACACACACGCACAUACAUACAUACAUGCGUAUGUAUUUACAACAGCUGUGUAUAUACAUAUAUAUGUAUGUAUGUCAUUUGUUGAGACGUGAAAUCGCCCGCAUGACAGCCAGCUUGACAGUGUGGCAGUAGGACACAAGACAGGAACUCCUUUAUUUGCAUGUAAAAUGAACUGUCAAACUGUGGCGCUAACAAAAGCGGCAAUGCGACGAGUUCGCAUGAGUAACGACGACCACGACGACAACAACAGCUACACAAACGAUAAGCAGCGGUAUAACAACAACGGCCAACUGCAGACAAAAGUAUUGACUGGAGCAGCAGCAGCAGCAGCCGAAGUAGAGGCAGUGGCAACGCCAGCACGCACAAUCACAAACACAAUGCGAUCCAGUUAAUGGGCAACACAUUCGUACGUUUUCGUAAUACAUUCGUUUUGCACGAAGCUUAAUCAUCUGGGUACUUGGCAACAAAAGCUUUAAUUAAAGAACAACAGCAAUACAUAUGUAUAUUUGCACAAAACUAUCAGUGGAAUAAUUAAAACUAAACAAGCAAACAAAGAAACAGAAAACCAAAAAGCAAAAACUUAACAAACAACAAAAAAAAACUAAAGCAAAAACAAAAACCAAGAAGGAAAAACCAAAAGGGAAAAUUGUAAUUGUAACUAAGACAAAAAAACAAACAACAACAACAACAACAAAUCAAAAUGGGCCCACUAUUUUUUGCACGUCUGGCAAUGCCGGCGCACGGGCCGCCCAGCAUACUGGAACCGCUGGCACCGUCAUUCCGCACAACGACAACAUCGACGACGACGACCACAACAACAACUACGACAACCACAACAACAUUAGCGCCAUCUGUAUUCACUGCUAUGUUGGACAAUGUGACCACAGUGAUUAUCUUAGAUAGUGAAAUAGCACAAAAUCAAACAAACGCCACCGGCAUCUACGGCCCAAAGGGACCCAGCUACUCCAUCUCAUCAAUGGUGUUCAUGGGCUUAAUUGCCGCCAUACUCAGCAUGCUGACGGUGGUGGGCAAUUUUAUGGUUAUGAUCUCAUUCAAAAUCGACAAACAACUACAAACAAUCAGUAAUUACUUUCUCUUCUCAUUGGCCAUUGCCGAUUUCGCCAUCGGCCUCAUAUCGAUGCCACUGUUUGCGGUCACCACCAUACUCGGCUAUUGGCCAUUGGGUCCACAUAUCUGCGAUACAUGGCUCGCACUGGAUUAUCUCGCGUCGAAUGCAUCCGUGCUGAAUUUGUUGAUCAUCAGUUUUGAUCGUUAUUUUAGCGUUACACGACCACUGACAUAUCGCGCUAAACGUACCACCAAUCGGGCAGCGGUCAUGAUUGGCGCUGCCUGGGGCGUUAGUCUGCUGUUGUGGCCGCCGUGGAUUUACAGUUGGCCAUAUAUUGAGGGGCAACGCACGGUGCCGCAAUACGAGUGCUAUAUACAGUUUAUCGAGACCAAUCAGUACAUCACGUUUGGCACAGCGUUGGCGGCGUUUUAUUUUCCGGUAACGAUUAUGUGCGUGCUAUACUAUCGCAUUUGGCGUGAGACGAAGAAGCGACAGAAGGACUUGCCCAAUUUGCAGGCGGGCAAGAAGGACUCGUCAAAGCGCUCGAACUCAAGUGACGAGAAUACCGCUGUCAAUCACACGGGCAUGUUGCCCUUUGGGAAUGCUGGUGAUGGCCAUGAUUGGCGGCGACCGCGCUCCGAAUCCUCUGCCGAUGCUGAGAGUGUUUAUAUGACCAAUGUGGUCAUUGAUACCGGUUAUCAUGGUCUACAUUCACGCAGAUCAAGUAUCAAAAGCACCAACACGAUCAAAAAAUCAUAUUCUUGCUUUGGUGGCAUUAAGGAAUGGUGUAUUGCGUGGUGGCAUUCCGGACGGGAAGAUUCCGAUGAUUUCCCUUAUGAGUUAGAGGAACCUUCGGAUUAUGGCUGCACAUCCGUGAGCGUGGUACGCGACAACUAUUCACUAGGCGGCAGCGCCUGCGGCGUACGUCCGCCAAGCAUACUCCUACCCGAUGUCUCACCCACACCACUACGCCCGCCCCUGACACCACUCUCGCAACUGCAAGAGAUCUCCUCUGCAUCGGGUGCACGCGAUUCACGCUCCUUACCAGGCAAUAAUCGCAUCAGUUCACGUUCGGUAAGUCAAGAUUCCGUUUAUACAAUACUAAUACGGCUACCCUCGGAUGGGGCUAGCGCCAAUAAUGGCCCAGAAGCGCCAUCUAUCAAAAUGAUACACGAAGACGUAUCGCUACCGAUCAUAAGCGCAGCACCGCCACCACGACGACCACUCUCAUCACGUGAUUCCGAAUAUAGUUUACCGUUGGGCCGACGCAUGUCGCACGUCUCACACGAUGUACGCAUACCGCUCAAUGCGAAGGUAAUACCUAGACAAUUGGUCAAACAUGUGCAUGCCACAUCGCGCGUCGUCGCCAAGAAGAAGAAGAAGUCGCAAGAGAAGCGACAAGAAUCGAAAGCGGCCAAAACGCUAUCGGCCAUACUCUUGAGUUUCAUCAUCACCUGGACGCCAUACAAUAUACUGGUGCUAAUCAAACCGCUGACCACAUGCUCCGAUUGCAUACCGAAUGAAUUGUGGCAAUUCUUCUAUGCGCUCUGCUACAUCAACUCGACCAUAAAUCCGGUUUGCUAUGCGCUGUGCAAUGCAUCCUUCCGCAAGACCUAUAUACGCAUACUCACCUGCAAGUGGCACACACGCAAUAGGGAGGGUAUGACGCGUGGCGUGUACAACUGAGUAAGGCCUAUGGAGGGGACGAUUAUGCGUCGCCGCGAGGGCAAUGCUGGCCUCUUCGAAUUGAAGCAGAAUCCUAAAACUAAUACAUAAUGAAAGUGUAAGCCAUAAGCUAAGCGCUGGCUUGGCGCUCGGUGCGGUACGGUGCGUUGCGGCACGUGUGAAGCUAACGGUUUUCGUUGCUACAGCUGGCGGGGAAUCUGCAUGAACAAUGUGUAUGUAGCAUACUAUUUGUAUAUUAGCGUUUAUAUGUUUCAGUAAUGUGGUUUAGAUAUUGUCUUUACAUAUAUUAACAAUAGCAGUACAUACAUAGAUAUACUAUAUUGGUAAAC